AUGCCCCUACAACAACUUUUAAAGACAUUAUGUGCCAUCUUUGAGAAUGAAGAGGUAGGUGGAAACAAAGACCUUUCCGAGUUGAAUGGCCAAGUCGAAGCGUACCAGCUGCAAUAUCCAUCCCCAAACGCUACAAAUUCCCAAAAAAUUCGUGAAGUCCUCAGCCAUUUAUACGAAAAAAUCCCCUUCAACAAUGCCAAACGACGUGCGUUAUGGCUUGCCGUCCUCAAGACCGUUCUUCCCUUGCUCAUUCUUCAUCGUCAAGCUAUUGGCGAGUGGUGGGACCAAAUUUUCCAUCCAUUCAUGAACUCUCCUACUCAAAUCAAACCCGUUCUCAAUGACCUUAAAUCCAUCAUUUCCUACAUCCUGAUUUAUCACGAUGAAGAUGAAUGGGGGAAAAAUGUCCGUCAACAAACCGCAACCGAAAUCUGCUACCGUCUUGUCGACCUCUAUCUCGAAAACGCCAUCGAAAUCUUUAAACAUGUCGAAAUUCAAAUCCAAAGAAGCCAAACUUUAGAUUGUCUAACCGACAUCCUUAUUAGCUACGGUGUUCAGCGUCCCAAAGACCUGUCCCUCUGCUUUACAAAGUUUUACUCCCAACCCCGAAAUCGCAUUCCCAUCCUUUCCGUCAUGGUCAGCGUCGCCCGUCGACAAGGUCCUCGUCUUUAUGAAAUUCCCCAAACUGGCUUGUUCGAUUGCGUUUUAAACAGCCUCGACUACGAUUGCUCUCCUAUCGCCCUCUCCUAUUCCCUCUCUUUUGUCAUCAUGAUUCUUCCCCAUAUCUGUAAUGACCUGGGUAAUUUGCUUUACCGCUUGUUUUGUUGUUUUCUUCGUCUUUCUAUGAUUGACUCCUUCACCGGUCCUCCUAAAGCUUCUACUACCAAUGGUUGGGAAGUUCUUCCUAAUUUUGCUUCCACAUACACCACAUCUUCUUCUUCCUCUUCUCCCUCUCCUUUAUCUGCCCAUACGAAAGCUAAAUCCAAUCUAUCCGAUACUUUUCAUUCUGAGUACUUUAGUUCUCUUGAAUACUCCCAACUAUUCACCUUCCUCUACGCCCUGUUUCCUAUCAACUUCUUAGACUUCUUGCGUAAUCCAACUAGCUAUGCUGCCAAUCAUAAGUUUACUAUUCCCCAUCGUUACAACUCCGAGAUACUUCUUUCCAAGUGUACUCCUCUCCUGUCAAAUCAUCUCGCUCAUCGAAAUUUCUUAAGCUUCACCGCCUCCUCCGAAUUAUCUGAUAAGUCCAGAUGGAAAAAGCUUGAUUCUACCGCCAUUGUCGCUCUUUGUAAUCGCCUUAAUACUGUCGGAAUGACCGAAGGUAACGCCGAGUCAGGUUAUCACCAAUCCGCCCGUCCUUUAGAAGAUUUAGGACCUCCAACUGGUGUCUUAGCUUAUCCCAACGAAAGUCAUGACAUUUACCCGGAUCCCCUUUCUGUAUCUUGGCACCAGCAGCUGUCGAUUCCUAAUUCAGCAAACUCCAGCUUUGCUCUUGAACCUACUGAUGUGAAAGGCUCUGUGCCAGCUAUCGUAGAUGACUCCUCUGAAAAUGAUUCUUACCGUGCUUCAAUAAGCGAGGCUUCUUCUUUUUAUCACGCAAACGUCAAAUCUGUGCCUGGCGUUUCUGAAUCAUCUGAAGAUAUUUCUCCAAAUACAACCACCCUCAUACUACGAUUGCAAAGAGAACUUUUAUUUUUGAAAAACGAGUUGGAUUUUGAGAAAUAUAUGCGUCAGCAGCACAUUCAAAAUAUUAGCAAAUUACGACGUGAGCAUGUCCAGGACAUGGCUGUCGAAUCAGAAAGACAAAAGCUACUCCUUACAAACAAACGUUACAAACUACAAGUUGAGGUUUUAACACAAGAGUUGGAGCAGCAACGUACAGAGGCUCAAGCCGCUUUAAAUCGAAGGUUUCAAUGGGAAACAGAUUGCAAUAACAAAUUAAAGGCUUUCCGAGAAGAACGGAAGGCUUGGAGAUCGAAAGAAGAGAAUCUGUCAAGCAGUGUGUCAUCUUUGACUAGCCGAUUGAAUAUGUUUGAACGAGUACAAACUGAAAUUGCAUACGAGAAAAAUCAGCUAGAACUCCGCGUUCAGCUUUAUAAAUCAAAACUUGAUGAAUUCGAGAAACACAGCAAUUCGGCGAAUCUGUCAUACAGAAGUAAAGAGGCCUUUAAUGACUCUACGGAUAAUGCAGCUAUGGAAAAUAGUACCAUUUUGUCAAAUUCGGUAAUGAGUGAAGAACACGAGAAAAAAAUGAUUGAAAGUGAAGAGCUUUGCGCCAAGUUGAAAUCGGAAAAUAUACACUUACAAAACAAAAUAGACUUCCUUACGAAAGAUCUGGAAGCUCUGAAUGUUGUUUGUGAGGCUAAAAUCUAUGAUUUGGAGAAGCGAUUGUCUUCUCAGGCUACCAUUCCAGAAAUGCACGGUUCAUUCAACACUAAAAUUGAUAAUUACUUUGCACAGUAUGCUGAUGUGAAAGAGAAGUAUGAUGAACUUUUAAAGAAGUUUAGGAAUCUUGAAAGUAAAUUCCUAGAUUCACAAGCUGAACUAGAAGAGUUGCUUAAUUUUCAGAAGCCGUCUGAUUCAACCAGUUCAGUGAACAGUGGUUCUGUGUUUACAGGUAUAUAUCACGGUAGAACACUAAUGCGGAAUGAUUCUUUGCAAUUGAGAUCGAGUCCAUCACAUCGAUCUACUGACACAAACUAUUCGCCAUAUCGUUAG